AUGCAAGCAGCCAACAUCUCCUUCAUCAGCCUAGGCUUGGUGGUUCUAGACGAGAUCCGAUUUCCCAAUCGGACACCAUUGACUGAUAUACUUGGAGGGUCUGGCACUUAUGCAACUCUUGGUGCCCGAUUAUUUCUCCCUCCUCCAUCUAGUCCCACUGUGGGAUGGGUGAUCAACGUGGGAAGUGAUUUCCCGGAUCCGGUGAAAGAACAAUUAGAGAGUUGGAAAACGACAUUGUGCAUCAGAGAAAGAGUUGAUGUACCGUCAACGAGAGGCUUGCUGGAGUACAAAGAUACUACAUUCGGGCCCAAGGACUUCAGAUAUACCACCCCCGUUCUCGCAGUCCAAGAGGACAGCUUGAAGCAUACAAACCUUCUAGCUUCGUGUGCCUUUCACUAUUUAGCUAGCCCCGAAGAUUUAAAAGUCCGAGUAUCCAAGCUCCUCCUUCUGCAGGCAGAGGCGGGCAUUCAUGAGCGCCCUCUGAUAAUUUGGGAACCAGCUCCUCUUUCAUGCCGGCCAGAGAACCUUGAAGCAUGUCUGGAAGCUGCAGCUUUGGUGGACGUCCUUUCUCCCAAUCAUCUAGAGCUGGCCAAACUUUUUUCUGAACCGCAAUCAGAUGUGAUUGACAAGACAAAGGUCGAGGAGUUAGCGUUCAAGUGUUUAGAUCGUGGAAUCGGCCCAGACGGUAGUGGCACGGUGAUCGUACGCGCGGGUGAAAAUGGCUGUUUUAUCAGUGAUAGGAAGGGAUUGUCCACACGGCUUGACCCAUUCUAUACCACGAAACCAGGAGAGAUGCCGAAUGCGAAGAUUGUCGAUCCUACAGGGGCGGGAAAUGCGUUUCUGGGGUCGUAUGCUGUGGGAUAUUUGAAGACCGGGAGUGUCGUCGAGGCAGCCUGCUAUGGCUCAGUCGGUGCAUCAUUUGCCCUCGAGCAGGUAGGAGUGCCCCUGCUGAGUGUUCAGGUCAAUGAGGAGUCCUGGAACGGCGUCAAGGUCCUCUCGAGAUUGGAGGAGUACAUGGCCCGGCAGAAUUGCGGCCAGGGGGCAACUCGAAUCCUUUAA